ACUAGAAAUUAUCGUACGAUUCAACUGGAGCCAACAAAAUUGAAUGAAUGACUUGUUUGUGGACCGUGAUAAACACGGUCAAUUAAGAGAAAUCAGCAAGUUUAGAAGCCGGUAUCACAUUGGAAGGGGAUAAUAACAGACUAUUUCAUACUCAUAGCAUUGAUUGACGCAGGGGUCAAGCAGAGGUCAAAGGUCAUUCAAUGAAGAUGGCACAGACGCAGGAGUAUGGAACGACAUACACUCAGGACAAGGUCACCAAAGCUAAGGUCACGCUAGAAAGCUUCUACUCAAAUCUCUGGAUGCAGAAAGAAGAAAGACUAACAAGACAAAAGAAAUUAGAAGACGCAAUAGCAGGACUACCAGAAGAAGAUAAACGGGAGAAGAGAACACAACAUGCGCAGAAAGAAACAGAAUUCCUCAGAUUAAAGAGGUCACGGUUAGGCUGCGAUGACUUUGAAUCGAUAAAGGUCAUAGGUCGUGGUGCCUUCGGUGAAGUGAGGCUCGUCCAGAAGAAAGACACCGGUCACAUCUAUGCCAUGAAGAUCCUAAGAAAGUGUGACAUGCAUGAAAAAGAACAGGUUGCGCAUGUACGAGCUGAGCGUGAUAUACUUGUAGAAGCAGAUAAUCCUUGGGUCGUCAAGAUGUAUUACUCCUUCCAAGAUCCCUACAACUUAUACCUCAUAAUGGAGUUUCUUCCAGGGGGCGACAUGAUGACGUUGCUAAUGAAGAGAGAAACGUUAUCAGAGGAAGUGACUCUAUUCUACAUAGCUGAAACAAUAAUGGCAAUCAACUCUAUUCAUAAACUCAACUUUAUCCAUCGGGAUAUCAAACCAGAUAACCUUCUUUUAGAUGCAAGGGGGCACAUAAAACUCUCAGAUUUUGGUCUUUGUACGGGUCUCAAGAAGUCACACAGAACAGAAUUCUACAGAGAUUUAUCACAAGUCAGACCAAAUGACUUUUCUGCUACUACGUGUAAACCUAUGGAUUCCAAGAGGCUAGCAGAGAGUUGGAAGAGAAAUAGAAGAGCACUGGCGUAUUCAACCGUAGGCACACCCGACUACAUCGCACCGGAGGUGUUCCUCCAGACGGGCUACUCCCACGUUUGUGAUUGGUGGUCGCUAGGCGUGGUCAUGUACGAGAUGCUGAUUGGUUACCCGCCGUUCUGCUCGGAGACGCCCCAAGAGACGUACAGGAAAGUCAUGCAUUGGAGAGAGACGCUGCAGUUCCCGGCCGAGAUACCGAUAUCAAAUGAAGCCAAAGGCAUGAUCCAAAGGUUUUGUUGUGAAGCUGACAGGAGGGUCGGUAAGAACGGUGUGGACGAGAUCAAGUCACAUGCAUUCUUUCACGGUGUUGAUUGGGAGCACAUUAGGGAGAGACCAGCUGCGAUACCAACCAACAUCAAGAGCUUCGAAGACACCUCAAACUUUGACGCCUUCCCUGAAAUCGAACUCAAGCCAAUUACACCACCACAAGCGACGGGUGAGCACAUGAAAGACUGGGUAUUCAUCAACUACACCUUCAAGAGGUUUGAAGGGUUAACGCAACGAGGGAUGGGUCAACGGCAGUCCACCAGCCUCAUCAGGUGAAGAGAAGUUACCAUGACAACACAAACACCUCCAUCCCCUCGUCCCGGCUCAGCUGUCCUCCCAUCUUUCUCUGCGCUUUUAAAGGCAGUCCACCAGCCUCAUCAGGCGAAGAGAAGUUACCAUGACAACACAAACACCCCCAACCCCUCGUCCUGGCUCAGCUGUCCUCCCAUCUUUCUCCAUGCUUUUAAAGGUCACGAGGUCACAUGAAAGGUUUCUAAUUCAAACCAAUGUCUAAACCCUGGACUGAACUAUGAGUAUGCAAGCAUACAUCGCCCAUUCAUUAGACAUAAGACCACGUGCAUACCCCACAUCAGCCUACCGCACACCACACGAUCAGACUUGGAUUAAAUGUAAUAAAGAAUUUACAAAGGGUAUAUGAUAUGAACACUCAGACAUGCAUAUUGUUCAGGAUCUUGGUUCUGAACAAUUCAUUUAUUUUGUGUGGAAGCUCCUUAGGAGAAGGAAAGUGAAUUGAAUUUGAAUCAUACUUUGAUCUUCUACUCACUUUCCUUAUUAUUAUUACAACCCUUUUCCUUGCUGCCAAUGGCCUGUACAUAUACAGGCAGGCAUUCAUGUGGUCCCAUAUACUUCUUUUUGUGUUGUGAUCAUAGGCACCCUUUAACCAUCCUUGUUAAAAUGUACAAGUACAUGUAAGGUGAAAUUGUGGUGUAGUGUUUAAUACACAAGACUUAAAUAUAACACUGCAUUUACUGAAUGGCAUAUUGAUACUAUAAUUUGUCAAAAUCUUUUUGGAUGGAUGGGUUGACGAGCUGAAACAACUAAUCAUUAUAUAUCCAACUUUGGAAAUGAACUCACAAAUUAUAUUUAGAAAUAACAGACAUAUAUCUAAAUUAGUAUUCAUUCGUGUAGCUUGGAAAAAGAAUUUAUUAUUUUAGGCUGACUGUAAAAUGAAUGUGAAAGUUACAACAUCCAUUUUUCAUGUAAAAUUGACUGUUUUAUCUCCCCCAGUGUGAAUAUAUAUAUUCUUGUAUAUAUAUAUAUAAUUAUCUAGUUAUGUAGUGGAGUGCCUUUUGUCUGUAAAUAUAUUCGUCCACAUUGUUUUAUUUAUGGAGUAUACAACAUUGCUUCUACGCUGACCUAUGGUAUGAACUAGGGUCAAAGUUCACAGGUCAUAGGUCAUAAGUGAAUGCUGAUGUGAUAUUAUUUAUUUUUUCAAAUCACAUAGUUUGCUAAUUUACAAUGAGCUAGCUUGCAGAUGAAAAUUAUAUCGUAUGUUGACAUUUGACCUGUGAUUACUGCUUUGACCUUUGACCCAUUGUUGCUAUAGGAUAAUGACCUGGAGGUUGUACCCGAGAUAAGCCCUUGCUUUCAAGUCUCGCUCUCCAGUGAAAUAGGAAUAGUGGGCCAAGGAAUGGAUUGAAAGAAUUUCUGUGGUGUAGACAAGCAGUGGCGUAGCUGCAGGGAGGGGAGGGGGGUGGGGGGCACAGGGGGCUCAUUGACAAUACUGCCCUCUAUGUUCUCUACAACAUAUUACAUAAUCUAGGGAGAUUU